AAUUGAGGCAGAGAAAAGUUAAGUAGUUGCCACAGGUUGCAGAGCUACUAAGCAACAGGAGCUGGGGCUCAGAGUCUGACUCCAGAGUCUUCACUCAGAGUGUCUAUGCUGUAAACCUCUCAGUUCUCUUGAUCACAUUUCACUUUGAAAAUGAAAUAGAAAACCUUCAAGCAACAACCAUUCUUAGCAAGACUGUACAGUCUCCUUGCUGUGCCCUUUUCCUUCCUGUAGUUACAUCAGCAAGGUAGACGUACUGAAUAUUUUAGUUGCUGCUGCCUAUCGCCACGUGCCAUCUCUGGAUCAGAUCUUACAGCCAACUGCAGUAACCAGGCUAAGGAACCAGCUGCUGGAAGCUGAAUACUACCAACUGGGUGUUGAGGUUUCCACAAAGACUGGGCUUGAUUCCACUGGGGCAUGGCACGCUUGGGGCAUGGCCUGCCUCAAAGCUGGGAACCUCACUGCUGCACGGGAGAAGUUCAGUCGCUGUCUGAAGCCCCCUUUUGACCUCAAUCAGCUGAGUCAUGGCUCCAGGCUGGUCCAGGAUGUGGUUGAGUACUUGGAGUCCACAGCAAGGCCCCUUGUUUCCUUGCAAGAUGAUGAUUACUUUGCCACCUUGAGAGAACUGGAAGCAACCCUUCGAACCCAGAGCCUUUCCCUAGAAGUGAUUCCUGAAGGGAAGACCAUGAACAACACCUACUACCAAGAAUGCCUCUUUUACCUGCAUAACUAUAGCACUAACCUGGCCAUCAUCAGCUUCUACAUGAGGCACAGCUGCCUGCGUGAAGCCCUGCUGCACCUCCUCAAUAAGGACAGUCCUCCAGAAGUCUUCAUAGAAGGCAUUUUUCAGCCAAGCUAUAAAAGUGGGAAGUUACACACAUUAGAAAACUUGCUGGAAUCCAUCGAUCCAACCUUGGAGAGCUGGGGAACAUACCUGAUUGCUGCCUGCCAGCAUCUACAGAAGAAGAACUACUACCACAUCCUGUACGAGCUGCAGCAAUUUAUGAAGGACCAAGUCCGGGCUGCCAUGACCUGUAUUCGGUUCUUCAGUCACAAAGCAAAGUCAUAUACGGAGCUAGGAGAGAAGCUCUCUUGGCUACUUAAGGCAAAGGACCACCUGAAGAUCUACCUCCAAGAAACAUCCCGCAGUUCUGGAAGGAAGAAAACCACCUUCUUCCGAAAGAAGAUGACUACGGCUGAUGUAUCCAGGCACAUGAAUACACUUCAGCUGCAGAUGGAAGUGACCAGGUUCUUACAUCGGUGUGAAAGUGCUGGGACCUCUCAAAUUACCACUUUGCCUCUGCCAACCCUGUUUGGAAAUAACCACAUGAAAAUGGAGGUUGCCUGUAAGGUCAUGCUAGGAGGGAAGAAUGUAGAAGACGGUUUCGGCAUUGCAUUCCGCGUUCUGCAGGACUUCCAGCUAGAUGCUGCUGCAACCUACUGCAGAGCUGCCCGGCAACUGGUAGAAAAGGAGAAAUACAGUGAGAUCCGACAACUGCUCAAAUGUGUCAGUGAGUCAGGCAUGGCAGCCAAAAGUGACGGGGACACCAUCCUCCUCAACUGCCUAGAAGCCUUCAAGAGAAUCCCACCCCAGGAGCUGGAAGGCCUGAUCCAGGCGAUACACAACGAUGACAACAAGGUUCAGGCCUACCUGACAUGUUGCAAAUUACGUUCUGCCUACCUGAUUGCUGUGAAGCAAGAACACUCACGGGCCACUGCCCUUGUCCAGCAGGUACAGCAGGCUGCCAAGAGCAGCGGGGAUGCAGUAGUGCAAGACAUCUGUGCCCAGUGGCUUCUGACAAGCCACCUUCGUGGUGCCCAUGGCUCAGGCUCCAGGAAGUGACCCUGAACAGCAGGGCCAGGAUUGUACAGCCUGAGAACUAUGGUGACAGGAAUGAUGCCCUACACCUCUUUCCUUCUGUAGAGAAGGACUUCUCUGGCUCUGUCCCAGAUUGGAAAGAGCUGGAUUGGCCCCUACUUGCCUGCUUGGGCAAGAACAGGACCUUUCACACAAGUGCCAUGUUUCUGUAAAAUUGUGGAAUCU